AUGGCGACGAGUAUCCUGCCGAUCGAAGUCAUCGAACACGUCUUUGAUUUUCUUCACGACGACGGGCAGACGCUAUACCGCUGUGUCCUCACCCACCGGAGCUGGUAUCCUCGCGCGCGCACUCUCCUCUACUCCCGCAUCGAGAUUCGUAGCCGCAAAUCGUACGACGCUAUCCGGACCCAUGCAAGCCGGACCGAUCCCUCUCUCGGAACGCCGUGCGAGCGUACGUUGGAGCUCGUAGUCGUGAACGGAUCGAUACGCCAGGAUUACACGCACGAGAUAGCCUUCGCAUUCGCUGGCCUAUUCCCCGCCCUCCGCUCCGUCACCUUCGUCCAUGGUGUCUACCAGAACACGCGUCACCUGCCCGCUUUUAGGAUCACACCACUCGUAUUAGCUUCCGUCCAGCAGCUCACUCUACGAUGCUGCGAGUUCCAGACGUUCGACCACCUCCGCCGCACGAUACUGGCGUUCCCACAGCUUCGUGAUCUCAGCCUACACUUCCCGCUGUCCUUAGGGGGCUUCAAGCACGGUCAUUCCCAGAGUGCAAUAUUCUCGCCGCAGACAGUGAAUGCCCUUAGGCUUCACCGUCUUGUGCUCAGUCAGCUGAAGAAUAUCAAAGAGGAAGUCCAACUGCUGAGGCUACUAGUACUCGAGUGGGUAGACUGUACGCCUUGCGUGACGGAGGGGACACUUGUAGAAUUUGGCGUACGGCUCGCCCUCACUUAUCCGGCGGACUUCCUGAAGAAUGAACGUACCAUGAAUGCAUUGCAGAAGAUGUGCCGACAACUUGCCUCUUCCUUAGUACAUCUGGACCUACCUGGACCGCUAUUCACCGAACGGCAACCCUACAGUGCUAGUAUUAACCGGGUGGGGCGCCUUUGCUUCAUUAAAUUCGUCAAUCUGCGAUCCCUGUCGAUCAGGCUGCUCGCUGUCGCCUGUCGUAGGGCACAUCACCUCCGCCGACUCGCCAUAUCUAUCGAAAUGAAUGUGGAGGAUGUGGAAGCGGACCUGCACGCAGACUUCCAUCUCCGUGAAGAAUGUUGCCUGAACCGAUUGAUGAACUCGAAGCUGAUAUGUGCUAAGAAGAUGUACCUCUUCGUCACCCUCCUUUGGACGGUACCACCGCCAGCAACGGAAGAUACCCGAGGGAGAGUCGUCGCGGGUGUGGACAAAUGGCUCAGGGAAACACCGGCGUACAAGGACGGUACUGUGUCCUUCUCCCACAUAGUCACGAAGACAUACCCUAGUCGGAGACCGUAA